GUACAAAAAGCAGUGGAAUAUCGGUAUCUAAACGAUUAUCCGCAAAAUCUGAAUGAGGCCGAGCAACGACACGUACUUCUCAACAUUGUUUCUGAUCAAAAUUUCGUUGCACCGGCGGCACGUGAAGCGUUGCUCUACGCACGGAACAAUCGUAUUGUGUAUGCGUAUGUUUUUGAGUAUGAAAACGCACAUCUGCUAGCAAAUAUCAGGGCAAGCGGCAUACAAAAAGGUGAUUUCUACAGCAAGCAGAAAAUGACAAAUACCAAUUUCUACACACUGAUUUCAGGGGCAUCGCAUGGUAACGAUUGCUCAUUUAUUUUCAACAAUGCGCUGCUUUCCCACUCAUCAUCUAAUGCAACCCGAUCCGUGAAAUGGAAUGAGGAAGAACAAGAAAUAACCCUUCGACUCAUCAACCAGAUCGCUGACUUCGUCCAUAAAAGGUCAAGAGUCAUGCUGGAUUAUUACUGA